AUGUCGCAAAACGCGGGGUCGUCGAGAAAGCGUCGCCGCGAACCUUACAAUGUCGACGUCAAGCUGGUCGAGAUCUACGAGGACCUGGCCAACGAGAAGGACGAGAUCAGACUGAAGGCCGCGCAGGAGCUGGUCUCUCGCUUCACGCCCGAGGCCAAGCCGACCGACGAGCAGAUCCAGAAGGCGCUGCAACGACUCUUUCGCGGUCUCUGCAGUGGCCGCAAGGCCGCCCGAGUUGGGUUUUCCAUCGCCCUGACGGAGGUCCUGGCACAGGUCUUUUCUUCGUCGAGGAAGUCAGACUCGACGGAGGUGAACAUUUCAAAGGUCCUGGAGAUUUGGGAAUCCGUCUCGGACGCUGGAGGCAGUGAAUCAGGCCAGGAACAUAGAGACCAUCAUUUUGGUCGACUCUUCGGAGCAGAGGCGAUCAUCAAGUCUUCGAUAUUGUUUAAGCCUGAUGUGCCAUUCAACGAGUGGACUCGGCUCCUCACGCUGAUAGUCGAUCUGGCAAAGAAGAAGCCCUGGCUUCGUGAGGAGUGUGGUUGGGUCAUAUACCGCGGUAUCUACGAUCUUGCGGUGCAGAAAGCGGAUGUGAAGUUUGUGGAGGCCGCUGUCGACCAUCUGUGCUCGAACGAGCUCGCACGUACGCCCGAAGCAGUCGCCGUCUGGCUCGCUGCGAAGGACCUGUUUCCCAAUGCGAAACUUCCCAAGGAUGUGUGGAAACAUGACGACCCUCUGGAUGCUCGUGAGAAGAGUGUUUUGGCCAAAGUAAUGAAAGAAUCCUCUUCCGGGGGAGACGAGUCUAACAAAGACGCCAACUCUACGAAAACCCCGGCUACGUCCAGCGUCUGGACCUCGAAGCUUCACUUUGCUUGGGACGCAGUUUUGACCAGGAUUUACGACGCGAAACCCUCACAGGGAAAAUCAAAAGACAAGCCGUCGAAAUCAUCACGCAUUAGUUUUGUUGAUUUCUGGAUUGAAGUUGUUGACAAUGGGCUUUUCGCCGCUGCAUCUUCCGAGGAGCGCAAAUACUGGGGUUUCCUCGUUUUUAUCAAGGCGCUGAACGAGGCUCCUCUGCAUUUGGCUUCUCUGGUUUUUACCAAGAACCUCGUGCGAUGUCUGAUGAACCAGCUUGCGGUCGAAGACCGAUAUCUGCACCGCAUGGCGCAGAAGGUUGCCAAAGCUAUCCAUGCCCGAGUUUCGAAGGAGCCCGAGUUUGCCGCUGCGGCCGUGAACGGCCUGCUGGGACCGUCCGGAUCAGUCAAUUUUGAUCAAAUUACCAAGACGAAGACGGUGGAUAAAAUUGUGGUGGAAGCGACUCCUGACGCCUUGAAGCAGAUCAUUUCUCUGCUGGAGCGCCUAAUUGCAGUGCCAGGGACUACGGACGGCCAAGCGGUAUCGAGCCGUCAAUCUCUUGCCGGUCUCCUGCUGUCGAUCGUCAGGUCCCGCAGCUCUCCGGGCGAAGAAUACCAAGCAAUCAUGGAGGACAUUCUGACCGUCCUUGUGCGCUUCGCAUAUUUCGUGGGCCAAGGAGAUCAAGCUCCGCAUCCACCUCUAUCACAAGCGACCCAAGAACAUUUCCGAACGAGGAUCAACUCCUGCCUGAACAGCCUGGUCAGCAACAGCAAAGAUCCCGCUGGUCUUACGUACGCGGUGGUUCGCAAGAUCCGGGACUCUGCAAAGUCCGCAGAAUGGGGCAAUUUUAUUAUCGAAAUGGACGACAAGGUUCGCGAGUCGGUGGACGGAGCUUUCAAGUCAUUGAAGAAGCUUUCCAGCAAGGCGAAGCAUGCUGAGAAAGACCAGAAUAUCUCAGGAAUCCAAGCGUUCAGGCUACUUUAUUCCUUGACGAUCUUACAAGUCUACAACGGAGACGCGGACGCGGUUUCGAUGCUGGACGAACUGGGGUUCUGCUACUCCAAGUUCUGGGGACACAAGAAGUCCGAAAAGGACGAAGAUACGUCCGACGCGUCGAACGCCCUGGUUGAGAUCCUCCUGAGUUUCGCGUCGAAGCCAUCGCAGCUUUUCCGUCGGAUGAGCGAGCAGGUCUUUGGCGUUUUCGCGGACCAAGUCACCGCCGAUGGACUCCAGUCACUGACCUCGGUCCUGGAUGCGAAGGAGAAUCUUGCCGGCCAGCAGGAGAUGUUUGAGAAGCAGGAAGAUGAAGAUGAGGAGAUGGUCGACGUCGAUGAUAUGGAUGUGGACGACGAUGAUGUCGAAGUGGUGGACGGACAUGAUCAUUCGGAAGAAUCUGCAUCGGAGGAGAGCAGUGACGACGAGUCCAGUUCUGAAGACGAGGAGGACGACAACGAGGAGGACGACGAGGACCUGGCGGCGUUUGAUGCCAAACUCGCAGCGGCGCUCGGCACCCACCGAGCAGACCAGGAUCUGAACGCCGAGUCAUCCGAGUCUGACGCGGACAUGAACGACGACGAAAUGGAAGCGCUGGACGAGCAGCUGGCGAAGGUGUUCAAGGCGCGCAGAGAAGCACUCAACAAGAAGAAGGAAAAGAAAGACGCCAAGGACACGAUGAUCAACUUCAAGAACCGGGUCCUGGAUCUGCUGGAGAUUUACGUGAAGAAGUGCCACUCGAGCGUCCUGGCAUUGGACCUAAUCCUGCCACUGCUCCGGCUGACGCGCAGGUCGACCGUGAAGCAGCUGUCGCAGAAAGCGAGCAGUGUGCUGCGCGAGUACACCAAGCUCUGCAAGGGGUCCGCCGUGCCGAGUUUGAGAAAGACAGGCAGUGAAAACGACGACAGCGAUGACGACGACGAGUCCGGAACCGAGAAGUCCGUCUGGGAACUGCUCCGGGCCGUACACAAGGAAGCAACCCUCAGCGGGCCACCCGCCCACUCGUCCGCCUGCAGCCAGGCAAGUCUGCUGCUGGUCAAGGUGCUGGUCGCGCACAACAGGGACAACAUCCCGGCGAUCGUGGACCAGUACGCCGAGACGCGCAAGCAGCAGCUGCUCAGCAACAAGUGCCACGUGCAGCCGACCUUCUUCACUGACUGGAACAAUUGGUGUGUGUCGGCGGGGAAGCAGUUGAAGAGUCAGAAUUGA